GAGUGGGUGGUGCCAGCGCAGUUAUCAUCCACUUACACAUCAGCUGAUUUCUACCUGCAUUUGGGACGAGAGCGCCAUCUUAAAAUAAAAAACACACACGCCAAUGGUGGGUUGCGGGUUAUCUGCCGCCAGUUAAACAGCCGCCCUCAGGGUGGCGGACUGUGAUUUGGGCUCUGAUGAGAUUUCUCCUCCCUGCCAGAUUGUUGUCAUGGCGGCAGCCGCUAGCAAGAGCUACUGUUUCAAAGUGGUGCUGCUGGGGGAAGGCUGCGUGGGCAAGACCUCGCUGGCGCUGAGAUAUUGUGAGAACAGGUUCAGCGACAGACACAUCACCACCUUACAGGCAUCUUUUUUGACCAAGAGGUUGAAUAUCUGUGGGAAGAGAGUGAAUCUUGCCAUAUGGGACACUGCGGGACAAGAACGGUUCCACGCUUUGGGUCCCAUUUACUACCGAGACUCUAACGGUGCCAUCUUGGUGUACGACAUCACUGAUGAAGACUCGUUCCAGAAGGUAAAGAACUGGGUGAAAGAGCUACGGAAGAUGCUUGGCAGUGAAAUAUGCCUGAGUAUUGUGGGAAAUAAAACCGACCUGGAAAAGGAUCGUCAUGUGUUAAUUGAAGAAGCAGAGACGUAUGCAGCAUCAGUAGGAGCAAAACACUUCCACACCUCGGCCAAAGUCAACAAAGGGAUCGAGGAACUCUUUCUUGAUAUCUGCAAAAAGAUGCUUGAAGUUGCCCAGGCAGAAGAAGCAGCAAGAGAUGGUGAUUCUACUCGAACUAGCAGUGCAAGGCGAGGGAUACAGAUUAUUGAUGACGAGCCAGAGCCAUUAAGCAGUGGAGGCUGCUGCUCGUAAACCACACCUGGCCAUAGGGCAGAGAAUGAGACUGCACUGAGUUGUGGAGCACUGGACAUCAGUCUCUUAUUAACAAUAGUGACAGAACUAACCAACUGAUUGGAGAUGGCAGUUAAGAUGCUACAGGUGUGUCCAUGCUGGGCUGUUGACGACGAAAGAAUAUCUAUCGCUUUACAUGGCUGAAAAGCUACAAUUAUUUACACAAGUUCUGGCAGAAAGAUUACUUCUGCAGGACUUCAAAGGAAAAAAAAACAGUGGUUGUUUUAGGAAUGGGAUCAAAUGAUGGAAGAAACAACAUGUGUAGCCAGCGUAUGCUCAGGAUUUAUGGCGCGAUGGUAGCCUACCUAGACAGUAGGUCAGAGGAUUACAUCUUGUCAGUGUGUGUGGUGUGAAAUUCCAACAGAAUUGGGGCUUUAAUUCAAUAUAAUCCUUUAACUGAUUGUCCUUGACAAGGAUUGCAGGUAGCACAUGCUAGGUGUUCUUGAUGACUUGUGGUGCUUCUCAACUAAUUGUGCUGAGCCCAUCAGAAGCUGGUGAGAUGAGUUGGCUAGCUCAAUGCAUGCCUUGUCGACACAGUGGGUGCUGCACUUGAACGGCUACUCGCUUGUGCACACGAGAGCUUGUUUUUUUUUCAAUUGCACUUUAAUUAAUUGCAUUUCUACAUGUGCAGCCUUUUGGACAGGGUUGCUUCUUGAGUUCAUGCCAUUAAGUUUGACUGUUUCUUUGGUGUUAAAAUAGCUUGCACUGUUUUAUAAGAGGUACACGCACCAUUAACCACAAUAUAUAGUGUUGACUUCAUUUAACAUGUGUUAUCAAAGUUCUGUUUAGAUUUCCCCAUCUUCUAUCAGUAGACUCUCAAAUAGCUGGCCCAGUCUCUAGAUAUGUUAUAAAAUAUCCAAUAUCAUUUUAAGUUAGCAAAAAAUCUCCACUCCAUUAAUCACAUUACUGCAAAAAUACAUUGGACACUACAGUGGAUAAAAAUGCUGGGGAAACUCAGCAGGUGAGGCAGCAUCUAUGGAGCGAAGGAAUAGGUGACGUUUCGGGUGGAGACUCUUCUUCAGCAUUUUUAUCUGCCUUCGAUUUUCCCAGCAUCUGCAGUUCUUUCUUAAAAUUUUGGACACUGCAGUGAUUCUUGUAAACUUGUAUAAAGGCUAUGUUAGGGCAUAUAGGAUCAAAUUAAAACUUUUGUGCACAAUGUAACCAAAGUUGUACUGAUACUUUCUAUGUUUAAGAAAGAACUGCAAAUGCUGGAAAUAAUUGAAUGGAGACAAAAACGCUGGAGAAACUCGGCGGGUGAGGCAGCAUCUAUGGAGAGAAGGAAUUGGCGAUGUUUCGGAUCGAGACCCGAAUCAUCACCAAUUCCUCUCCCCACAGAUACUGUCACACCCGCUGAGUUUCUCCAGAAUUUUUUGUCUACCUGAUGUUUUUUGUUUAAUGAUAUUUGUUUAAUGUAUUUAUUGGCCCACCAUGUGCAGUGAUAAAAUGACGAGUUCUUUGCUGUGUAUCUUGAACUAUAAUUUUGGCCAUGUUUAUUCAAAAUGGAAAUGUAACCUAACUUCAGGCUUUUUUUUUUUUUUUUAAUUUUGUUAUUGGGCUAAUUCUUUGUCUAAAUUUCUCCUGUCACAUUAAAAUAAAAUGAUUAGCUUUUAAAUUCCGCUCUGAUGUUCACUUGUGUUAAUGUCUCUUUGCCAUAAACCUGGUGGAAUGCAAAGCUUGUUUAAGGCAGAGGUAGAUAGAUUCUUGAUUAGUACAGGUGUCAGGGAUUAAGAGGAGAAGGCAGGAGAAUGGGGUUGAGUGGGAGAGAUAGGUCAGCCAUGAUUGAAUGGUGGAGUAGACUUGAUGGUCGACUGCCCUCAUUCUGCUCCUAUCACUUAUGAAGCUUGCAUCCGAUAAAGGGUUUGUUAUUUGUGCUUUGAAUAGUUUAGAGAUAGAGCGUGGAAACAGGCCCUUCGGCCCACCGAGUCCCGCUUAUUAACACUAUCCUACACACUGUAGGGACAAUUUACACUUGGACCAAGCCAAUUAACCUACAAACCUGUACGUCUUUGGAGUGUGGGAGGAAACUGAAGAUCUCGGAGUAAACCCACGAGGUCACGGGGAGAAUGUAUGAACUCCGUAGACAAGCACCCAUAGUCAGGAUCGAACCCGGGUCUCUGGCGCCGCAAGGCAGCAACUUUACUGCUGUGCCACCGUUGCCGCCCAGUUAGUUGGUUGUAACUAUUAUCCCUGGAGAUCAGACAUCUCUGCAUGGUAUUAAUUGAAAUUAGUUAGCUUGAGUUGGUCUCCUGCUUUUACCUUUCUUUGCCAGUCAUCUAAUAAAGUAACGAUACACCCGAGUCCUUGUGGAUAGAUUGGUUUGUGAACAAUUCUAAGAAUAAUAGCGCAGAUUUUCAUGUGAGGACAUUUAUUUUUCACUGUCUGUCCCUCUGCUUACCAUCGCCAACCCACAUGCUACUUCUAGCUGAAUAUAGGAUAUUGCUAAUAUAAUGCUAUAUGUGAGCAUUUUAAGUCUUAUCCUUGUAUUCAACAACUUAAAAUAUUCCAACAGGAUUAUGAUGUCUCAUCACUUAGGAUCCAGUUUCAGGGAUAGCUUCUUUCCAACUCUCAUUAGGCAACUGAACCAUCCUCUCCAACUAGCUACCAUCUACCUCAUUGGAGCCCUUGGUUUAUGUUUAAUUGAACUUUACCUUGCACUAAACAUUAUUUCCUUUAUCUUGUAUCUGCCCACUGUAGACGACUCAAUUGUA